AUGAAUACUGCCUCAACAAAUCCAAACACGCUACAAAGUGGGGUACUUGGUGGGAUUAGUUCUUCCAAAUCGUUGAAAGCAUUCGGUGAAACGAUUUGGAAGACUAAAACGGCAAAGGUGAAUGCGGAGCUAUUUACAUUAACCUACGGUUCUAUCGUCUCUCAAUUGUGCAGUGACUAUCAGAGGGACUUUAAUAAAGUUAAUAAUCAGUUGUUUGCAAUGGGAAGGUCGAUCGGUGUGAGGCUGAUAGAAGAUUUCAUUGCACGUUCGGCCUUACCACGUUGCGAUAACAUGGUUCAGACAAGUGAAGUUAUUAGCAAAGUUGCUUUCAAGGUUUUCCUAAAUAUCACGCCACAUGUAACCAAUUGGAGUAGUGCUAAGGAUGCAUUCUCGUUAAUACUAGAUGAAAAUCCGUUAUCAGAUUUUGUGGAACUACCCAUGGAUGCUAUGAAAGAGUUAUGGUACUCCAACAUUUUAUGUGGUGUAUUAAAGGGUGCCCUGGAGAUGGUACAACUGGAUUGCCAGAUUUGGUUCGUUAGCGAUGUAUUGAGAGGAGAUGCUCACACCGAAAUGAAAGUUAAAUUGAAUAGAAUUUUGAAAGAUGAAAUUCCUGCAGGUGAGGACUAG